AUGCAGCUCUCCAACAUCCUCUCCAUCUUCACCCUGGCCGCCGCCGCCCAGGCCGUCAGCGUCUCCUUCGACACCGGCUUCGACGACGGCUCGCGCUCCCUGACCUCGGUCUCGUGCUCCGACGGCGCCAACGGCCUCAUUAGCAAGUACGGCUGGCAGACUCAGGGCCAGAUCCGCAACUUCCCCUACAUUGGAGGAGCCGAAGCCGUCGGCGGAUGGAACUCGCCCAACUGCGGCACCUGCUGGCAGCUCACCUACAACGGCAAGUCCAUCAACGUCCUCGCCAUCGACCGCGCCUCGGGCUUCAACAUUGGCCUCGCCGCCAUGAAUGACCUGACCAACGGCCAGGCCGUCGGCCUCGGCCGCGUCGAGGCCCAGGCUCAGCAGGUCGCUCUCAGCGCCUGCGGCCUGUAA